AUGGGAGUCGUCAGGUGGCCGAGGCUUCUAACUCCUACACAGCUUUGCCAGCUGAUCAGACAACAGAAGAACCCGCUGGCCGCCCUCCAGAUAUUCGAUGCCGCCCGCUCCAGAUACCCUUCAUACCGCCACAACGGCCCCGCCUACGCCACCAUCAUCGACGUCCUUGGCUCGGCUGGCCGCGUCGCGGAGAUGAAAGGCGUGAUCGAGCGGAUGAAGCAGGAACCCUGCGAGUGUAGCGACUCCGUCUUCGCCGGAAUCAUCCGCACUUAUGCCCGGCUGGGUCGGGUUGAGGACGCCAUCUUCCUCUUCCGCCAGAUCCCUCAAUUCAACUGCGUUUCCUCGACAGAGUCCUUCCACGCCACUCUGCAGAUCCUGAUCGCAGAAGGGGAUUUAAAGGAGGCCCUUCGGGUAUUCGUGGACGGCAGUAGGAGGCGGGGUGUGAAGGUGCAGGUCAGGUCGUUGAACUUGCUCAUCGGCGCCCUGUGCAGGAAGAAUCGCUCUGAUCUGGCUCUGGAGAUCUUCGGCGAGAUCACGGAGCUCUGCUAUUACCCAGACAGAGAGACGUACAGGAUCCUAAUGAAAGGGCUCUGCGAUGAUGGGAGAUUGGAUGACGCCACUCACCUUCUCUACUCCAUGCUGUGGCGGAUCUCGCAGAAAGGCUGUGACGCCGACGUGGUCGUCUACCGGAGUCUGCUGGAAGCGCUGUGCGCAGAGGGCCGCAUCCGAGAGGCCGAGGAAAUUCUCUGUAAGGUCCUGAAGAAGGGCCUGAGAUCUCCGAGGAGCCGGAGGAGCUUCCAGGGCUGCGAUCUCGGCGCAAUUGGUGGAAGUUUAGAGGACACGAAGAACGUCAUUAACGGAGCGUUGGUGGGUGGAGGGGUCCGAAGUCUGGCCAGCUACAGCGCCAUCCUCAUCGAUCUAUACUCGGAAGGAAAUAUUGCAGACGCGGAACGGCUGUUCGACGAAAUGCUGCACAGAGGGUUCAGGCCGCAGGCUUCCGCGUACGACGCGAAGAUAUCCGCACUUUGCCGAGCGGGGAGGGUGGAGGAAGCGGCGGCGGCGGUGGAGGCGGAGAUGCCGGAGAGGGGCUGCGCCCCCUCCACGAGGACCUACAAUCUGUUGAUGCAGGGCCUCUGCGAGACCGGGAAGUCGGAGAUGGCCGCCGGCUACCUGCGGGCAAUGGAUUCUCGUGGGGGCUGCCCCGCCGGCAAGGAGACCUUCGAAAUCCUGGUGAACGGCUUCUGCUGCGAACGUAAGUACGUGGAGGCGAGCCGGGUCUUGGAGAGGAUGCUGAUCAGGGGCUUCUUUCCGGGCGACGCCAUCUACGGCCGCCUCAUCUCCGGUCUCUGUGCCACCCGCAGGGCGUACGAGGCCGUGUUGUGGCUGGAAGAGAUGGCGUCCCAAGACAGAGCCCCCGCACCAUCCGCGUGGCACGCGCUCGUCUCGGCGACGUGCGCCGAGCCGCCGCCUUCGACGGCGUGGGAUGACCUGGCUGCUUCAGAAUAA